UUGAACCAUCAUAUCCUGUGUGCUUAGCUUCGGCCUUGCUCUUUUACGUAUUACACCACAUAACAUAGCCACGGCGAACCGCUCACCAUGGGCUGCAAGCGACUAUCACUCGUUUAUCCUGAGGCAUUGGAAACUGCGAAGCGAGCGCGAACGGAGAAAAUCACCUCGCCAGCUGACUCAUCCAGCUCUUCGUCAUUCGAAAACCUUCCAGAUGAGCUCCUCGAGACAAUUCUCGCGCACGUCGCCGCACGUGCCUCAGCUCCCCAGGACUUCCUCGCAUGUCGCCUCGCUUCGUCCCACCUUCGCCGCAUCUCAUCCCUCCCAGACAUCCUCGCCAUGUUACCACCUCCCGCUCUCGCUUGCUCGGCGAAGAACUACACUCCCGCCUACCCCUCGUACCUUUCAGCGUGCGCAGCUGCGGGAAACGCGGAGGCUGCGUUUCUCCUCGGGAUGGUCGAGUUUUACUGCCUGGAGCGGGUGGUCAGCGGCAUGAAGUGGCUGGUGCAGGCAGCAAAGGCGGGGCACCCAGCCGCGUUACACAGCCUGUCAAUCAUCCAUUUCAACGGUAGUGGGUUGCCUAGUAACGGAGCGGAGGAAGAUGUGGGAGCGGAAACGGACGGCGGAGCGGAGCGGGACGGGGGAAGGCGGAAGCUGCGGGGGAACCGGAAGGUUGGAAUGGGGAUGCUGCUGUGCGUGGCGGCGGCUAAGGCGGGGCAUCCAGAUGCGCUGCGGGAAUUAGGGUUGUGUCUGCAGGAUGGGUUCGGGAUCAAGCGGAACGUUGCCCAGGGGAGGUUGCUUCUGGUGGAGGCGAACCUGCGGGAGCUGGCUAAUAGCGGGGAUGAAGUGGCAGAGGCGGUGGGAGGGGUUUCAUGUGUAGGAGCAGAGGAUGUAGGCAGACACGGAAGUGGCGUCCAAGACGGGUACUCUGAAAGCGAAGAGGAAGUGGGUAGUACUUCUAGGGCUAGAUUGUUGGGAGGCUCUAAGAGUGAAGGCUCGACGUUUUCUCUCGGAACGGAAUCGGCAGCGAUGAAUACGCUGCUUCAGCAUACCAGCCGUCUGCUUCAAAGAGCCAGCCGUGCGACGGUAAAGGGGGUGACUGUAACAGAAGGGGACAAGCAGGAGACGUUAGAGAUUACCGAUGAGGAGAGACUGUUGGCUCGAGCUGUUUUAGCAGAUGGCGGAAUUCUAGGAUGCUGCACAGGCGAGGGGAAAAGCGUCCAGAUACAGCCGCCGCCGAUGCUGCACGCGAAUGCGUUUCUGGUGGAAUGGACGGCGCUGCGGGGAGAGCGAUUUCAGGAGAGCGAGAGGCAUGUGUGCGGUAAUGCGCGGUGUGGAAGGGUGGAGCUGCGAAAAGGGGAGUUCCGCUGCUGUGCAGCGUGCGAGGAGGCUCGCUAUUGCUCACGUGCUUGCCAAGUAGUUGACUGGCGGUUCAGACACGUGGUUACCUGCCAGCCGUGCAGCAGAGAUUAGUUCAAUCUAACUUGACAUAAGCUGAAUGACAUACGAAUAGGAUAUUUGCCCCUCUACUAAAUAUGCCCAUAACCAGGCCCUCAGAUUGGUUUUUUCCCUGAAUUUUCAGAGGUCCCCAUUUUUUUUUGCUUAGGGGUCAGGAUUGUGUGGGACAAAAAUGCUGAAUA